AUGCCUGCUCUAACAAAGGCUAUCAUCAUUGGCGCAGGCCCUGCCGGCCUCGCUGCCGCACUCCAACUGCAUCGCAACAACAACAUUGCCAUCACAGUAUAUGAACUACGCCCGGAACCAUCUACUCUGGGCGGCGCCAUCGGUAUUUUUCCCAAUGGAAUGCGUCUACUCCAUCGACUGGGCCUUGAUAAGGCCCUUCUCGCACGCGGAUUCCCCGUCACCCACAUGGAGAUUCACUCAUUGCAAAACGGUGACAUCGCCAAGGUCGACAUGUCUUCCUGGGCCCAGCAGAAGACUGGCUUCGGAUACCUGCGCAUUUGUCGAAGAGACUUUCAGGAAGUUCUUCUCAACGCCGUUGCCGAGGAGGGCAUCACUGUUUCCUUCAACAAGCGUAUUGUUUCAGUCACCGAGUCGCCAACCGACGUGACCGUGACUUUCUCUGACGGCUCGACCGAGACAGCUGAUAUUCUGAUCGGAUGCGAUGGCAUUCAUUCAAGCGUCCGUCGACUACAUGUUGACCCGUCCAUUGUGCCCGAGUACUCUGGAAUUGCCGGAACCCAGUCUAUCAUCUCGUCAACCGGCCUUCCCGACGCGCUGAAAACACAUGGAAACGCCUUUAUGACAUGCAAUGGACUAUUAGCGACAAUGCCCUGCUCCGCAUCUGGCGACAAGAUCUUUUGGUUCUUCUCGCGGCAGACGCCCAUCCCCCACUCAGAAUCCGGCGAUGCGCGAGACGGAUGGGAGGUGCGGCGCCAGCGAGAGGUUGCGGAGUAUGAAGAUACCAUUCUUCAGAUGAUAGACCCGGACAAGGGCGAGUGGCGGGAGACAUUGGCAAACAUAGUGGACCGGACGGAAUCUGUUGGCCUUUACCCUAUUUUCCGGCUCCCACUGGGCGGGAAAUGGUCUACCUCUCGAACGAUGCUGCUCGGAGAUGCAGCGCAUGCCAUGCAGCCCCAUGCAGGCCAGGGAGUGUCCAUGGCUUUGGAAGAUGUGUUUCUGCUUUCGCGGCUAUUGCGAGACCAUGAACGGGGCCUGGAAGAUGUAUUUGCUAAGUAUGAGGCAAUCCGGAGACCGCGCAUCAUGGAAAUCUCCAAUCUGGCGGCAAAGAAUGGAAAGGCGCGACGAGACGUCAGCCCGUGGGGGUUGUGGAUGAAGGAGUACAUGGCCUGGGCUACUUAUGGCCUGUACAAUCGAUUGGGAUUGGAGUCCUGGGGGAUUGGGCAGAAACAUCUGGUUUACGACAUUGACGAGGUUCCGGUAUGA